AAUACGAACCAGAAUCAUUUUUCUAGAUGGGUGCUAACUAAAACACCUUUUACGACGUGACCAGCUUCAGGUAUUUCUCAUCCAUCAUGGACAGAAAAUCACAGUCCAAGUCCAGUCGAAAGAAGCGGAGCCGGAAAAACCGGAAGAAUAAAAGCAGCGGUUCCCCGCCACCCGAGUCUGGUGACUCGGCAGACAAUAGGGAGGAACUUUCGGGUGGUGAAGACGCUUCGCUCGCUGCUGAGGUGCGCCAAGUUUCUGAAGUUACUCAACUUCCCAAAGUUCAGCUUGGCAGAGCUGUAGAAGGUUGCAUAGGAGCUUCGGAUACAAUUAUAAAUGAAGAACAAUUGAAACAGGAACAUGAAUCUGUCAUUUCAGCCGAGCAAGAGUGGACGCAAUUGGAAUCGGAAGUUCGUUCACAAGAAGAUGAAAGGGAAGAUGUCCAGAAGAAGACAUUUACUAAAUGGAUCAACAGUCACCUGAGCAAGAGAAAUGAAUCAACUGUAACUGAUCUCUUCUAUGAUCUCAGAGAUGGCACCAAACUUCUGCUUCUUCUUGAGAUUCUUACAGAUACAAAGCAUGCUAGAGAAAAAGGAGGCAUGCGUGUCCACCGCUUAAGCAAUGUGAGACGAGCCCUUGAUGUGCUGGCUUCCUAUAAUGUGAAGCUUGUCAACAUCUCAGCUGACUACAUUGUUGAUGGAUCUCCAAAAAUCACACUUGCUCUUGUGUGGACCAUUAUCUUGCAUUGGCAGGUACAAGGAGUAUUGAAAGAGGUCAUGGCUGGCUUUCAGCAAACAAGUCUGGAGAAAACUUUGCUUGCAUGGUGCCGUCAAACAACUAAGGGCUAUGCUGGCGUGGACGUACGAAAUUUCAGCAGCAGCUGGAGUGAUGGACUUGCCUUCAAUGCUCUGCUGCAUAAGCACCGCCCGGAGCUUUUUGAGUGGGCUUCACUGGCUAACAAAGUGCCUUUUGCUCGCCUCCAACACGCCUUCAAUCUUGCCCAUGAACAUUUGGGCAUCAAUAAGCUACUUGAUCCUGAAGACGUGCACACUCAGGUUCCUGACAAGAAGUCUGUGAUGAUGUACGUGAUGUGCCUCUUCCAAGCCCUGCCACCUGACCGAGUCUCACUCCAACACCUCGAGGAAACUUCACCUGAUUCAUCUCUUACUGAAACUCAAGGAGGAGGUGAAGGAAACAAUCUUAAGACCACCAUGCGGUCACCCAGUAAGAGCAGUGGCAUGGAGCGCCCUGCGUCGUUGGUAUCCACUUGCCUUGCCGCAUACCUGCGUUGCUUGGAGGAGGUACUCGUCUGGCUGCUGGGGGCCGAGGAACGCAUGGAUGCAAUGCCCGAGAUCGGAGACACCACGCUUGUAUUGAAGGAGCAGUUUCACGAUUUAGAGGCUGUAAUGCUGGAGCUGACGGGACGUCAGAGCGGCGUGGGCGAGGUGCUGAAGGAAGGCAGUCGUCUGGUGAAGGAAGGUCUUGCUCAAGGAGAAGAGGGAGAAGAAAUCAAGCAGCAGAUGAGGCUCCUUAACGCUCGCUGGGAGGGCCUUAGAGUCAAAGCAAUGGAUAGGCAGUCAAAGCUGCACGUGAAGUUGAUGAAGCACCAGCAGGAGGAGCUCAUGUCCCUGAAGAGUUGGCUAAGCUCCACUGAGGAGCGCAUAGCUGCCAUGAGUCCCGUGGGCAGCAGCCUGAUGGAGGUGAAGCAACAGCUGGAGCAGCACCGACAGCUGCAGCGAGACCUGGAGAACGAACAGAGCACGGUCAGCUCACUCAGUAACAUGGUGGUCGUCGUCGAUGAUCCUGCUUCAGAUGCUGCUUAUGCUCAGCUCGAAGACGAACUAACGGCUUUAGGUGAGCGGUGGGGCCACGUGUGCAAGUGGUCUGAGCAGCAGUGGGCGACGCUGCAGGCCUUAGCACUUCACUGGGGGCAGCUGGAGGAGGGCGUGAGGCAGCUCACGCUCUGGCUGGACGGCAAGGAAGCGCAGUUGCGACAUAUUGAGAGCAAUCCUUCCACAAACCAGCAGCAUAUUCUCUCCCAGGCUUCCAUGCUGCAGGAGCUGCAGUGCGAGCUGGAGGUUCGUCACGAGCAGCUGUCAGGUCUCCACGAUCAGUGCAGCGUCGUGCUCUCAGGCGUUCCUCUGCACAGCGCUGCUCAUACUGAGUUGCCGCGCACCCUUGAGAACAUCCAGGACCGAUGGGACUGCCUUCUCUCCAUCAUUGAGGCGCAGAAAACAAGGUUGGCGAAGUGUGGCAUCGACAUCAGCACCGUGGUGCUGGUAGGCGGCAAGAGAAGCAGCACCUCAGACUCUGGUGAAGUGAGUGGUGAUGUCACCACAACUACUGCCAAGACUGCUCACGGCUCUACCAUCAUCACCAGGGUCAUCACUACCAAAAGCGUCUCAUCUCAGGAAUCUCUGGACACCGGAGGUCACAGUAAACGGCCCAAGUUGGAACCAGGAACGGUGAGAGUAGACUCUCCUUCGUGCGGAUCAAGUGUAGACAGCCCUCUGCCCAUGGAAAUAGUAUCCCUUCAUGAGGUGGAAGAUGAUCAAUAUAAUUCAGAAACAGACAAGAUUGAAGCGGAACCUCGGUCUGGAUCAUCUGAGCCUUCAGAUGUAUCUGCAGUAAUUCGGUGCCUAGAGAAAAUUGAGGAGAAACUCCAGCCAUCUUCUACCCUCAACAAGAACGACGAGCAGCGCGAAGAUCUUCAGCGAAGUGUCAUCCGAGAAUUGUCUGGACUGGAAAAGUCUUAUCGCCGAGUCAGGGGUGAAGCUGGUGACCGCAGCAGAGAACAACAGCAGCUGGUGGCUCAGUGGCUCGCCGUGCAGAACAUGCUGCGCAGAAUACGGUCGGUGAGCGUGCCCAGCACCGAGGGGCAAAUAGCUGACAGAUUCUCGCUGCUGCACAGCCAGUAUUCGGAGACCCUGGAUUGGCUUCAGGAUGCUGCCGAGGCCCUCAAACGGCCUGGUGGUGAAGAGGAUAUACGCUCCGAGAUUAUGAGUUUGGAAAGCAGUGUUGAGGACGGGCUGGAGUCGCUGCAGUUGCUGGCUCGUGUAGCUCAGGAGCGUCUACCUGCUGACACCGGGUCGUCAUUACGCUCUGACGUUGCUGCUCUCCUCCACAGCUGGCUCACUCUCGACACAAGGUUGAAAGAGCUUCAAAAAUCGUUGUCCGACUCAUCGUUUCGUGCAGUUGAUCCAGAAUCCGUGAUAGAAGAAGUGAGGACAGUUGAAGUGGUUGCCAGGGACGGAACGAGUGGCCGCAAGGUGGUAGAAAAAAUUGAGACUGUCGUGCAAGAAGUAUUAGAGGUGCAUGUUGAAGGCAUCGAGAGCUUAGAGCUGUGGUUGAGUCGAGUAGAACUUGAAAUCUCGUGUUCACCAAUGUUGGACGUCUUGCCUAAGAUGGUUACUCAUGUGAGUACGCUCCGUAACUAUUUGAAGCGGGUCAUAGCUGAAGCUGAUCGACUUAUAGAGCACCAACGGGAGUUGUCGGGAAAAAUGACAGCGACUUCUUUGGCUGAAUCUCCAGACUCGAAAUCUACAACUGUGGUGACUGAAGUGACGAACAACAUGGCUGAGGUGAUGUCAACAGUUUCAGGUGCUGCUGAUAAGUGUGCCGCUGUCAGGUUGUUGCUAGAGCGCCGGCUGGCUGUAUUGACUGAAGGUAUCGAAGCUCUUGAACAGCAUAAGGCUGAAGUGAAAGGACUUCAGUCAUGGCUGGCUGAAGUGCAAGUCUUCCUAAAAGCUGAAGAAGACCAGGUAUUGGGCCGAGCUGACCUGGAGACCCUAAAAGCUCAGCUAUUGCAGUCGAAUGCAUUGGAAGAUGAUAUCGCUACACUGUCAACCAAUAUGCUUAGAGUUGAACAAACGUGUGCCAAACUCGAGGAAGGGACACCUCCUGCUACUGUGACGGAAAUCAGUGAUGUUAGUGCUGCACUCCGCGAAGAGGCUCGCGCCACUGCCCAUACUCUUCGAUCGGAAUGGGAGUGCAUCGUGUCAAAAACCCGGCAACUCAAUGAUAAACUUAUCGAGGCUGUCAAAUGCAAAGAAGAGGAGAAAAUCCAAAGUGAAUGGAAUGAUUGGAUCAACGACGCCAAAAUACCAUCAGCACUGGGUAUUGAGACCUCUGGUGACCUGCAGUCAGCUAUCAGGGGAUGUCUUGAGCUUCUGCAAGAGUUGCAGAUGAAAAAAGCAUUUGUGGAUGACAAGCUUACUGAUGAAGAACGUCGAGCAAAUGUUAACAAGCAACACGUUGAGCUGAAACAGAGUUUGGAUGAGAGGUUGACUCUUCUAGAGACAGCUCUGCGGGAUUACAAUUUAUUCAAGGAUCUCACCGCUGCUGAGAACUCUUGGCUACUGGAGCUUGAACAGAAGCUGCAGCUGUGGUCUCGACCAGCUGUCGAUGCUGAAGAAAUCAGUGCGAAGCAAGACGAGCUUGAGAGCUUCCUGCGAGAGCGCGACGAAGGCUCUGGUCGCUCUCAGCUGGAAGAGGUUGCAGAAUCGCUGGUGCAGCGGCAGCUCAUGACCGUCGCUGUGCAGAACUCCCUGCACGAUGUCCGUACGCGACGCAAAGACCUCAUUGAGAAGAGUGAAAGCGUCCAGCAGAGCCUGGAGAAGGCCAGCGCUCGCGCCCAGGAGAGUGAACAGCAAUACCUGACGCUGCUGGACCGCAUAUCGUCUCUGCAGCAGCUGCCUGCAAUCAUACAGACUGACGAACACGCGCGGGAUAUUGCUUCGCAGAUUGAGAAGGAAGUUGCGACGGACAGGGAGAGUAUGACUCAGCUCAGAGAUCAGGUGCAAGUGCUUCUAAGCGAGGGCAACCAACUGGCAGCUGAUAGACUCUCGCAGCAGCUGCAGUUACUUGAGAGCAAGUUCGAGGAGGUGCUGCGUGAGUUGCAGGCUGAAGGACUGCUGCUCGAGACGUUCACUCAAGCCACGCUGUCCGUGUCGUCUCCUGUGCAACCCCGCGCUGCCUCCAGCGUGCCUGACAAGUCUCUGCAUGCAGGAGAGACCGCAGUAGAGAAGCGCGCCAGCAUGGAAGUGAGUGACCGCGUGGAGGAGCUGAGCGCGAGGCUCUCAGCCACGGGCGAGCGCGCCAAGGAACUGAGUCUGGAGGCCGCGCAUCCCGCGCACGUCAGCGAUAAACUGUCCCGCUGUCUUGUCGUGUAUCGUGAACUGAGCGAAGUGAAAGCAACCAUUGAAAGCACACUAGCCAGCGGCCGACGUCUCGUCAAGGAGAAAAUAUCGACUCAGCCCCACACAUUGUCGUCCAAGCUUGACGAUCUCAAGGCGCUCUACAAUCAGCUUGGCAGCGAUGUGACCGUGCGCCGAAGUGACCUGGAAAGAGGAGUCCAGCAGUCGCGAAAGCUGGAGCGCGAUAUGGCCGCUGCUGAGAAGCUCCUCGCUGCUACCGAAAAAACGCUCGCUGUUUCUGCUGAUACAAUGGAUCCUGGGCAACACCAGCAACACAUUCAGUAUAUUAAGGUGGCCUUGGAGGAGUUGCGAGUAAAGCGUCCUCUGCUGACGGGCGCCUGCGAGAGCUACAACUACCUGGCCGGCCUUGCUGCUGAUGGAGGGUUCACCGAGAUCCAGAAUGCGCUGGAGGAGCUUGGGAAGCGUUGGGAGAAAUGUACCGCUCUCCUCAUGGAUGCCAAACAUGCUUACGAUGCGGUCGAGGAGCAGAAGGAAGGCGAAAUGUCCGAGUAUAUUCUGCAUCUCGCUGACAUCAAAGCUUGGCUCGAGGGCACCGAGCAAAAGUUGGCACAGGAGCAGAACACCAGCGAUCGCGCGGCAUUGCUGAAGGUGCUGUCUGAGGAGGUGGUGCAGUACCAAAGUGCCGUGGAGGCCAUCAAGACGGCGAGCGCGUCGCACAUCUUACACGGGACUCUCUACGGCGACAAGCUCGAGCCUGAGCUACGCGAUAUCUCGCGGCGCUGGGAGAAUAUCAACGCUCAGGUUAAGCGCAAACUAGAUGAACGUCAACAAGUGCUUGAGACACACGAAGAGGUUGGUUCUGGUACAGGCGAGCGAACUUCGCCGUUACAUCAAGAAUCGCAACUCUCAUCAUUCUCUACAAGCGACCCUAAGUCACGUCAGGGCAGUCAAUCGUGUGAUGUGAAGACUAUAAUGACUUCUGAUUUUAUUCCAAGUACCGUAAAGACUUAUUCGACCAAAAUGGAGACUGUUCUAAACUCACCAAGAUUGGAUAGCUCCACUGAUGCGGAGACAGGGGCCGCUCUGAAGAAUGCGGAGACAGAGGCUGCUCUGAAGCAUAAUACGUCUGCGUUUGCCAAGAGUCGACUGCAGCCUUUGAAACAGCCUUGGAAUGUUCUGCAGAGUAAGCGUCAGUUCAGCGUGCCCAAGUUUCCGAACAAAGAUCCCACGUCGUUUGAUCCUAACUCCACUGACCACUCAGUUGAAGGUUCACCAGUUAGACCCAGAAAACGGAAGGUUAUCGAUAAAGAUGCCGAUGCAGAUAACCUUGAUGAUCUUAUUGCUAGUCUGAAACGAGUAGCAGAGAGGGAGAUGAAACCUAACGUUUUCGAGAGAAUAAAGAAAAAAGCUUCAAGCAGGAACAUUCCGGUAGAGAGUUUCUUGGUUGAAAAGCUUUCCUUAUUGAACAUGCCCAAACGAUCCGAGCUUGAUGAUGAUGAUUUAGAAUCACUUUGUUCGGUGGACACAGACAUGGCUCCAGCUUCGGAGACGAGUCGUGACCUGGAGUGUACUUACUCUGAUCUCGAGAGUGUCAAUGAGUCAGUAUCUUCUCGUGACUUACUCUCAACUACAGGUGGUGUCACACCUCUUCCUCCCGAAGUUUAUUUAGCCGAGACUUCCAAGCUAUAUGCUAAACUUGCACCCGAGUCAGAAACGGAAAACUACCGCAGUGAAGCUGUCAUAAAACUGACUUCCAACGAUAAAUUGUCUUCGACUCCGUUGAAAAACCGCAAACUAAAUAGCGCUGAAAAAGUCCACGUCAAAGGAGAAUAUUCCACCAAAUUCGAUUUAUUACCUGUCGAAAAACUCGAAGCCAUGAUAGCUGAGCUGGAUCAAGUAAUUAGUGACACGGACUCCAAUGAUGGCGAUACCGCAGAGCCCAGAGUUGCCGAAGGAAAACCUGGCGAAUCUAGAACCGAGUUGAUACCACCAGGCAAGGAUAUUUCACACUCCAGGGAGCAAGAGGCGCGAAGUACAGGAGAUACGAAGCAAUCUACCGAAUUGGCUACCAAGAAAAAGCACGAGAAUCCCAGCUCCGUAUCAUUAUCGUCCGUGCGAACUAGCGAGUCUAUUACAACGAAGGUAAAGUUCGCUAAACCUGAGUUCGUAAGGAGUCGUUCUGUCGACUCCAGUUAUUUGUGCGAUAAAUCUUCAUCUAACGUAAUCUUCAUUCCAUCAUCGGAAACGUUCUACCCCCCCAUUCCUGAGAAUGCAACCUUCGUCACUCUCCACUCCCGGCCAACGUCUGAAGAGUCUUUGGCUUCAAGGAAGUGUCAGGAAAACUUUAAUAGAAACGGUGAAAGAAACAUUAUACUGUUCAAGAAUUCUUCCGAGAAACAAGAAAAGAUGCAAAAAGAGAUGCUCCAGAGAAGCUCCAGCGAAACCGCUGCUACCGAAGCAUCUAUUGUGGCUAGUCGAGAAAGCCCAAGUUCUGUCCGUAGCACCGUUGUUGAUAUCGUCUCUAGUGCGUGCUUGUCAUCUUCUACAAGCGUCACUACCACCACUAAAACUUCUACCUACCUUUCCGCGCUGAGCGACGAUGUCCUGGACACAUCACAGUACCUCGAGAAGGUGGCAGCGUUGGUAGAUAAAAUAGCAGCGGUGCGCAUGAAAGCUCAAGUCGUGCCUGUUGUGUCGCAAGCAAGCAACAAUGCGAUGGCGCUGGAGCAGGAGGUGGGGGCGUUAGAUCCUGAGGUGGCCGCCGCAAUAUCGUUUGGGGAGUCACUCAUCCUCUCCCCUCGUCUUGAGGACACUGAUAAUAUAAAGUCUGCUAUCAGGAACUCUCUUGAAGAUCUCAAGGCUACCUGGUCUCAGCUGAAGGCUCAAACCCAGGUAGUCAAGGCGGAGAGCGAACUCGUAACCAAGGAGCUAGGCGGGUCGUCCGAGCGCGUCAACGAUCUCGUCUCGUGGCUCAACGACUUCAACAAACGCCUGCAUCUCCUCGACACGGACUACUCGCUGCUUCCGACUCUGGAACGCGAGCUGUCAGCUAAACGGAGCGCAGUGGACGAGUUGAACACGACAGCGGCGCUACUGACGAAGUAUCGACACCAGCAGUUACUGCCUUCCCUGGCCGUGGUAAACUCGCGCUGGACGGAGAUCACGGCACUACUCGAGCGAUACAGGCAGCAGGGCGCCUCUGACCCAUCAUGUAGACUUCGCUCACAGGCGGGGAGCCCUUCGGUGGUACCAGACUACGUGGCCUCUGUCAACAAAGUCCGUGAGAACGUUUCUUCCAUUGCCAGGCAGAUGACGCCACACAAGCACGCUUAUCAGGCCCUCAAUGUUCAGCAGAAUGAGAUACGAAAGCUGCAGUUGCGCCUGGCGGAGACGAAGGAAUUAGUGGAGCGAGUGGAGGACGAACGCAGCGUUGCUAUCAAGAGCGCCACCGGCAACGCUCAGCAAACCGACCAAGUGCGACGAAUCACCGACAAGCUUCGUCAGGAAUGGUCGCAGGUGAACCGCUCAGUGAAUGAAUGGCACGCAUCUCUCGCUGAGCGCCAGGCUACGUGGCAUUCGCUGCAGUCGAGUCUCACAGGCUUCACGCAGUGGCUCAGUGAGACUGAAGAUAGACUGCGUGUCUCGCAGGAUGAGCCGCUCACGCAAGCUAAACUCACCCAAAAGGAACUUGAGAAGCAAGUUACCCUCAAGCACAGAGUGAGCCAGAAGGUGCAGGAGCUGUGCACGGAGGUGAUGGAGGGACUGCCGGCAUCAGAACGCGGUAUCCUGCAGCAGAGGCUGGACGGCGCCCUGCAGAGGUGGCGCGCCAUCCUGCACGAGCUUGCCGCCAGGAGGAACAGAAUCGCGAGUGAGGGCGGCGGAGGCAGCCAGUACGAGAGCAUCUCUGGCUGGCUGCAGCAGGCCCACGCUCUGCUCUCGACGCCUGUGAACGUCACGGACGAGUCGGCCGUGGCAGCGCACACUACGAUGGUGCAGAACCACGUGAGUGAACUCAACUCGAAGAAACAGCUCGUGAAAACCUUACAAGACGUGCAGCCAGCUCUGGUGUCACAGACACAAGUAGCCGAGCUACAAACAGAGCUCGAUAAGCUUUCCCAAGCCCUUCCGGACUACCAGAAUGCCCUCGAGACCAAGCUUAGCGUCAUCCGGAACCUGUUGGACGGAUCAGAGGAGCUUUACCGCUGGACGGAGAAAAUUCGUUUGCAGGCUCUUGCCCCUGGCAAUGCCGAUGACCUUAGCAAAGCGACGCAGGAACCCUUGGCUUUGGUGCGACAGAUGCAAAGGGAGCUCGAGGAUAAACUUGUGACCUACGAGACCCUGGACUCGACUUACUGGGUGCUGGCUAACGAUGCCGAAUCCAAAGGAUUACCCGUCGAUUCUACGCUCAAGAAACGCAUGUCCAUCAUCGACAGCCGGCUGAAGGUGCUGCCGGACCAGUUGUCCACCGCACGCGACCUCAUCGCACGGCAGCCUGACGGCAGCGACGCGGCGCACGACGCGGCACUCGUCCUACAAAACACCAUCUACUUUGAAGAGAACCGCAGCGUUGUUGAUAACAAGGGCUUGAUGACGCCCCCCUCCCCCCUGCUCCGCUCCACCAGACCCCCCCAGGGAUCGUCUCCGUCCUACAUCAUGGCUUCGCUUGAUAAGAGCAUCCUACAGAUCCGGGACUGGCUGACGGUGGUGGAGCAGAUGUGUCGCCAGCAAACUGUUGUUGUGGGAGACCUCGACGACAUCCGCAGCAUGACUGAGAAGCAGAAGAACGUCUUGCGGGAGCUGGAGAGCAAGAAACCGCAACUUGACGACCUCGUCGCGUCAGCCGACGGCCUCAAAGACGACGCUAAAAGCAAGACGCAGCAGCCGCAGCAGGCUGCUACAACAAACGAAGCUGCCAUCUACCAAUUCCCAUCUCAGGCGCGUCUGUUCGACCAUUUGCGAACUUGUUUCAAAGUUGCAAAGCUACGUGAGCAUUGGGACGAGACGAGCAGCGCUGUGCUAGCUCGCAAGACUCAGCUAGACGCGAUGCUCUCCGACUCUCACAAGCUCGAGACGAAGCGAGCCGAGGUCGAGGCUUGGCUCACCAGGAUGGAACACAGACUUGAACGGUCCUCUAUGACCGUCGGUCUCGCGCCUCACAUGCUCGACCAACAGAUCAGAGAUCAGAAGGGUCAGCAGGCGGAGGUGCAGCAAUACAAGCACCAGAUGGAGCUACUGAACCAGCAGACGCAGCGUCUCAUUACGAUCUACCAGCACGACGACACGCGUCACCUGCGACGUCGCGGCGACGCACUUAACGCAAGAUUUAAUAACCUCCAGGCAAACCUCGCGAUGCGCGGCAAAGCCCUACACGGCGCCAUGAACUCGACCAGCAACUUCGACAAAGCCUUGGAGAAGUUCUUCGGCUGGCUUAGUGAGGCCGAGGCUUCCAGCAACUCGGCAGACCUCGACGCGGACAACACGCAGGCGUCCACGGGGUCUCUUGGCCACCGACGCGACCAUGGACGACAUGUCGCCACUGUCAAGGACCUACAGAGCGAGAUCGAGUCGCACAAAGAUGUGGUGGCGAGCCUCAACGCGACGGGACAGAAGCUCCUGGGCACGCUCGAGAACCAAGACGAGGCGCUCAUGCUACACCGCCGCCUCGAGGAGAUGAACACUCGCUGGAACACUCUAAAGCCUCGCAGUAUUGCCAUCAGGUCACGUCUCGAAGGCAACUCGGAGAGUUGGAACAGCUUGUUACUGUCACUGCGGGAACUCAUCGAAUGGGUCAUCCGGAAAGACACCGAACUUACAGCCAUAGGUCCUCUUUCCGGAGACCUACCCACGCUCGCCAAACUUGAAAGCGACCUCGUCUCCUUCAGAAGAGUUCUGGACGAGAAACAGCCCGUGGUCGAGUCUAACCUCAAGAGCGGUCGGCAGCUGAUCGCGUCCGAACCUCCUCUCAGCGAUACCAGCGACAGUGAAGCUGGUCGUGACAUGGACGGCGACGCGCGUCGUCACGGUGAGGAGAGCGCGCGGGAGCUGACGCGCGCCGUGCGCCGCGAGGUGGCCAAGCUGUCGGAGAAAUGGGCCGCUCUGCGCGAGCGCGCCGCUGCUGUCGCCAGCAAUGUCGCCCUCGCUCAUAAGAAGCUCGGAGUGCUGCAGAAGACGCUGGAGGAGGUGGAAGGUCGCCUGGAUGCGGCUGAAAACACCGUCUCCAGCUGGGGGCCUGUGCCUCAGGACCCCAACCUCGCCGACCAACACGUGCACAACGUCACCAAAUUCCGGGAAGGUUUGUCAGACCUUCAACGCGGUGUGGAUGACGUGAACGAUCAGGCGGCGCGGUUCUCCGCGCACAACAUUCCCUUGGCGGCCGACAACAGCACUCGCCUCCACAGGCUCAACUCGCGCUGGAAAAACUUCGAAGGAGCCGUCAACGACCGGUGGCGACAGGUUGCGGGCAGGUCGCGUGAGGUGACGCCGCUCACCGCCGCGCAGCUUGGGUCGUCGGUGUCGAGCCCCUGGGAGAGAGCUAUCGCUACCAAUAAAGUGCCUUAUUAUAUCAAUCACGCUCAGGAGACAACGUACUGGGAUCACCCUGAGAUGAUGUCAUUGUUUGACGCUCUCGCUGACCUGAACCACAUCAAGUUCUCGGCAUACCGCACUGCUGCUAAACUUCGAGCUUUACAGAAGAAAUUAGCACUGGACCAAGCAAACCUUCAACUCGUUACGGACGUGUUCGACGAGCAUGGCCUGCGCGGGCAGAACGACCGCCUCAUUGAGGUGUCAGACAUGGUCGUUGUGUUGUCAACGCUUUACAGUCGCAUAGCAUCAGACCAGCCCGAGAUCAACACGAACCUCACCACAGACCUCUGCCUCAAUUGGCUCCUCAACGUGUACGAUAGUCAGAGGACCGGGCAAAUGCGCGUCCUAUCCUUCAGGGUCGGGCUCGUGUGCCUCUGCAAGGGACAUCUUGAGGAGAAGUAUAGAUAUGUAUUCCGACUGAUCGCCGACCCGAACCGACUAGUUGACCAGCGCAAGCUUGGGCUGCUGCUGCACGACUGCGUGCAAGUUCCUCGGCAGCUCGGAGAGGUCGCCGCCUUUGGAGGUUCUAACAUAGAACCUUCAGUCAGGAGCUGUUUCACCAAGGCCGGCAAAGACAGGGAUACCAUCGAAGCUGUUCACUUCUUGUCGUGGGUUCAACAAGAGCCCCAGUCGCUGGUGUGGCUUGCUGUACUGCAUCGCGUUGCUGCCUCCGAACAGAUUCAACAUCAGGUAAAGUGCAAUAUCUGCAAGACAUGUCCCAUCGUGGGGCUGCGCUAUCGCUGCCUCAAGUGCAUCGGCUUCGACAUGUGCCAGCAGUGCUUCUUCGAGGGCCGUAGCAGCAAGAGUCAUAAGAUCACACAUCCCAUGCACGAGUACUGCUCUGCCACAACAGCCGGAGACGAAGUGAAGGACUUCACUAAGGCUCUAAAGAAUAAAUUCAAGUCCAAACGGGCGUUGCAGAAGCAUGCGAAAAAAGGCUACCUCCCUGUACAGACUGUCCUGGAGGGAGACCCACUGGAGUCGCCGUCUCCGUCGCCGCAGCACGGCGUGUCCAGCAGCCAAGACAUGCACAACAGACUCGAGCAAUACGCCUCCAGGCUCGCCGAAGUCGAACUCAGGACAAACUCUAACUCCACGCCUGAUAGUGAGGACGAGCACGGUCUCAUCGCUCAGUACUGCCAGUCGCUGAGCUCAGGCGACGGCGCCGCUCUGCCAGUGCCGCGGUCGCCGCUACAAGUUAUGGCUGCCGUCGAUGCGGACCAGAAGGACGAACUUGAGCAGAUGAUCAGAGAAUUGGAAGAAGAGAACCAAGCUCUGCAAGCGGAGUACGAGCAGCUGCGACUGCAGCAAGAGCCCAGCGACUCUCCGUCUCAGAGCUCAGGAGGCUCACCGCUGCGCUCUGAAGCAGAGAUGCUGGCAGAAGCGCGGCUACUGCGACAACACAAAGGCAGGCUGGAGGCGCGCAUGACGAUCUUAGAGCAGCACAACCAGCAGCUCGAGGCCCAGCUGCACAGGCUCAGGCAGCUCCUACAGCAGAAUGGCGGGAGCUCAAUGAACAAGUCAGGCACACUGCAAACUAAGUCCGUGACUGCCAGCCAACUAGCGACCGACUCUCCUGCUAAAGUUAACGGCCACUCAAGUCAAGGAGGUGCCAGCACCUCCUCCUACGAAGGGCUUGACCAAGUGAGCGAAUAUGUGCGGCCACCGCCCCCACCCAUGGGCAAUGUGGCCCACGUAGGCAAUCUCUUCUCGCGCGCAGGCGACCUGGAGAGGGCGGUUGGCAACCUGGUGGCCACAGUGACACUCGACCAGGAGAGAGACUCGCUUAGUAGACAUGCGAGCGAGAGCCGAGAUGAGCCCUUCCCUGUGCUGCCGCAACAAGACCACGAAAUCGAACAAUACGACAACAAUCCAAUGCCCGCUGAGAAAGAUCGAUGAACUUGCCAGACACAAUCGAUUUCUUCCUAUCUUUGAUUAUUAAGCCGUUUAAGAGUUAGCUAAAAACAUUUCGAAUACAUUAUGCCAAAUAAAAGCUACAUUAUUAUCGAAAUCAAGUUACUGUGUCGUCUAGAAGGAAUUCAUUUUGAAUGUUGAAUAUUUUUACUGAUGUAGUGUGCAAUUUUAUGGGGAUUAUCUUUUAAAUAUGGCUAGUGCGUUAUUUGAUGAUCAUGGAUGCGCGUUCAAAAUGCUGGGUUCUACAAUCAAUUUUAAGAGCUGAUAUUUCGCUCGAACUAAGGAUUUAGUGGGAGAUUCAAUUUGAAUUAUUUGUUGUUUGAAAUUAAAUAUUUAUAGAAUAGACC